AAGUAGAAGCAGAAGCCGAAGCCUGGGGGAGGGGAUGUCAGAACUUCCUGCCCAGAGCCCUUGUCUUGACUCCAACCACAACAAGGGGUGGGAGAGACCAUGGACAGCGAGUUCUCUGACCCGGAGCUGGCCGCAGCAGGCGAGGAGUCCAAGUCAGAGAACGGCGAGAACGCGCCUGUGUAUUGCAUCUGCCGCAAGCCGGACAUUAACUGCUUCAUGAUAGGCUGUGAUAACUGCAAUGAGUGGUUCCAUGGCAAUUGUAUUAACAUCACAGAGAAGAUGGCGAAGGCCAUUCGGGAAUGGUACUGUCUGCAGUGCCGAGAUAAGAACCCAAAUUUGGAGAUCCGAUACCGGCACAAGAAAUCCAGAGAGAAGGAGCGGGAGGGCGAGCGGGACCGGGCGGAGAAGGACGAGCUGAGGAAGAAGGCCCAGGAGCUGGCCCUGGACCAGAGCCGUGGGUCAAAAGUAGGUGGCCAGUUCUCUCAUCCGCAACAGCAAAUCAAGCGCUCGGCACGGAUGUGUGGGGAGUGUGAGGCGUGCCGGCGGACAGAGGACUGUGGCCAGUGUGACUUCUGCCGUGACAUGAAGAAAUUUGGAGGGCCCAAUAAAAUCCGUCAGAAGUGCCGUCUGCGGCAGUGCCAGGUCCGGGCACGGGAAUCAUAUAAGUAUUUCCCAGCCUCGAUGCUGCGAGGGCGGGAUGAGGACCUGCAGAUGCUGAAAGAGCAGUUGGAAUCAUCCGCCACCCCCGAGCCGCUGUCGGAUGACGACCUUCCGAUUGAUCCCGACUUGUACCAAGAUUUCUGUGCCGGAGCCUUCGACGACCAGAACCUGCCGUGGCUCAGUGACCCGGAGGAUGCCCCGUUCCUGGACCCCGUGCUCCGCAAACGCGCCGUGAAGGUCAAGCACGUCAAGAGGCGGGAGAAGAAAUCGGAGAAGAAGAAGGAGGAGAAGUACAAGCGUCACAAGCAGAAGCAGAAGCACCGGGACCGGUCGCGGCACGCCGAACGGCCCGACGCCAAGGACCCGGCCUCCCUGCACCAGUGCCUGGGCCCCGGCUGCGUCCAGCCGGCCCGCGCUGCCUCCAAGUACUGCUCCGAGGAGUGCGGCAUGAAGCUGGCUGCCAACCGGAUCUACGAGAUCCUUCCGCAGCGCAUCCAGCAGUGGCAGCAGAGCCCGUGCGUGGCAGAGGAGCACGGCAAGAAGCUGCUGGAGCGGAUCCGGCGGGAACAGCAGCAGGCGCGGCUGCGGCUGCAGGAGAUGGAGCGUCGCUUCCACGAGCUGGAGGCCAUCAUCGGCAAGGCCAAGCAGCAGGCCAUCAAGGAGGAUGAGGAGACCAACGAGGGAGACAGCGACGACACCGACCUGCAGAUCUUCUGCGUCUCUUGCGGGCACCCCAUCAAUCCCAAGGUGGCGCUGCGCCACAUGGAACGUUGCUACGCCAAGUACGAGAGCCAGACGUCCUUCGGAUCCAUGUACCCAACCCGCAUAGAGGGAGCCACCCGCCUCUUCUGUGACGUCUACAACCCUCAGAGCAAGACGUACUGCAAGCGGCUGCAGGUGCUGUGUCCCGAGCACUCCCGCGACCCCAAGGUGUCAGUGGACGAGGUGUGCGGCUGCCCCCUGGUAAAGGACGUGUUUGAGCUCACCGGUGAUUUCUGCCGCGUGCCCAAGAGAAAAUGCAACCGGCACUACUGCUGGGAGAAACUGCGCCGGGCGGAGGUGGACCUGGAGAGAGUGCGCGUGUGGUACAAGCUGGACGAGCUGUUUGAGCAGGAGCGGAACGUGCGCAUGGCCAUGACCAACCGGGCUGGGCUGCUGGCGCUGAUGCUGCACCAGACCAUCCAGCAUGACCCGCUGACCACAGACCUGCGCACCACCACUGACCGCUGAGCCCGGGUCGGCGCCAGGCUUCGUGGAUUCUCCGGAUCCUCGUUGGUUCUUUUUUUUAAUGAUUUUUU